GAGCCCCCAGCUCACCACGCGACCCUCAGGCGGGAGGGAGGCCUGGCCCGAGGGGAGGCUGUGCAGCAGGGGCCAAGCCUCGGGAGCUUCCCGGAGUACAAAGGAGACGAGAGCAGACGGCGGAAGCCCGGCCGUGCUCGCCGCCACAGCGCCUGGGGUUACAGACCUGCCGCUCCCUCCCCGGCCCCACCCAGGCCCGCCCGCCUGUCUGCCUUUCUGUCUCCUCUCUCCCUCCGUACUGGACCUCCCGGGUCCAUUUCCGGGCUGCGGGUAUUUGGUAUCGAUCGGGGCCAGGGAGCGGAGCGAGCAGGUGGUUGCGGCGGGGCAGCUGGGCCGCCAGCCUGGUGCCCCGGACCGUCCGCCGCCGCCGCCCUUGCCGGUCCUCUCCCGCCUGCCCGCGCGCUUUGCCCGUCAGACUUCUCGGGCGUCGCUGCCUCCGCGCUCCGGGCCGCUCCCCGGCCCAACAUGGCUGAAGUCGGCAUCGACCAGUCCAAGCUGCCCGGCGUGAAGGAAGUAUGCCGAGACUUUGCUGUCCUGGAGGACCACACCCUGGCUCAGAAUCUGCAGGAACAAGAGAUUGAACAUCAUUUGGCAUCAAACAUUCAGAGGAACCGUUUGGUCCAGCAUGAUCUCCAGGUGGCUAAACAGCUCCAGGAAGAAGAUCUGAAAGCCCAGGCUCAGCUCCAGAAGCGCUACAAAGACCUGGAACAACAAGACUGUGAAAUUGCUCAGGAAAUUCAGGAGAAGCUGGCGAUUGAGGCUGAGAGACGGCGUAUUCAGGAGAAGAAGGAUGAGGACAUAGCUCGCCUUUUACAAGAAAGGGAGUUGCAAGAAGAAAAAAAGCGAAAGAAAUAUGUUCCAGAAUUCUCUGGUGCCAAUGUUUUUGGAGAGAGUUAUUAUUAUGAAGAUAGAGACCAGCCAAGGUCGAGGAGGGCCAGGGAAUUGGGUUCUGGAUAUUCAAAGUCUUGUAGCCUCCAUAGUGUUGGAAAGACUGUGAAGCAGAGGAAGGAGAAACCAAGAGAUCCACUGGAGAACUUAGAAGAGCUGGAAGAACGUUGUUCCUUGGAGAGAUCCCUGUCAUCCUGUAGGCAGGACAAAAUGAGGGAAGCUCCAGAGGUCACCAGUGACAGGAAACGGUCUGGCCAGGAGAGACUUCGGAGACCUCCACUCCCCAAGAUCAGCGGGGAAGUGUUUCUGAGUGCUGAAACUGGUGACUGGGAGGCUAACAGUAGCCCUCGAACUCGGAAGUGGGAAAAACAGUCUCGACAUCAAGACCAACUUUCACCCAAAUCCUCCCUGAAAGCAGGGCUUCAUUGCAAGGAAGCUGUGUAUGGGAGGGCCACUGGGCAAGGUGAGCACAGAGAGAGGAGGCGCAGGCCCAGGACCCCUCCCUUCUCAGAGAGUGAGGAGCGGCACCACCUCCGGGAUACAGGAACAAAACCGAGGAUGACGAAAGAAGCUGUGUGCACUCUCUCACGAGUGACCCACAGAGAUCAGGAGUGGUAUGAUGCUGAAAUUGCCAGAAAACUGCAAGAAGAGGAAAUUUUGGCUACCCAAGAGGACAUGAGAGCAGCCCAAGUAGCCCAGGAUGAGGAAAUUGCUCGACUUCUAAUGGCUGAAGAAAAGAAAGCUUACAAGAAAGCCAAAGAGCGAGAGAAGACAUCUUCAGACAAAAAGCAUGACCCCGAGUGGAAGUCAAAAACUGCUAAAUCAGCACACUCCAAAUCACAAGAAAGUGAUGAGGCUCACCGUUGGAAGACCGACAGGCCAGGACGGCUGCCACCACCUGUCAUGACAGAAGCUGAGGAUCUGGAUGGCACUCACUUUACAAACCAGCAUAGUUCUACACGUCAUUAUUCAAAAUCAGAGUCCUCUCAUAAAGGAAAAGAAAGUUACAACCAAUAAGUAUUUUAAAAAGAGACAUCUGGAGCAGUUGAAAUAGUUGUUCUCAAUACAUGGACCGCAGUGGUUGCACAUCCUUGUAAGUCUUCAGGAAAAUUGGCCUAGAUACCAACCAUUCUUUAACACUUACUGUGCGAUUGCUUUGUUAGUAGCCGGGCUUUCUCAAGUCCCCAGUCAAUGGACCAUGUAUUAAUAGUCAUUGGAAAAACUUCUAACUAAAAAUGAAAAACUUUUAAUCUCAUUUUGUAUUUACAUGUAGAGCCAAGAGACUAUGAUUGUAUAAGUGAAGAUGCUGUCGAUUUCUGUAGCUAUAGAUAAAAGUUUUCCUCUUAAAACCCAUUCAAGUAUUUGUUGGCAACCUUCUUGUUGAAUUAGACAAAGUGGUUCUUUAUCUGAGUAUUUGAUUCAGUACAUUUGUUAGUGGGUGUUGUGUUCCCUUAGCCCCGCUUCAAGAAAUUCAGAAUCAUUUCUAGCUGCUAACUCAUGGAAUUGUUUAUUUGCCCAUACUCUUUAGUUAACACAAAUGGCAGUUGGCAGUCAAGAUAUAUAUUAUAUAUUCCUUCAGUUUUAUUUGCUAUUCUUUUUCCUUGUACAAAUCUGACAUUUUUGGCAUUUCAAUACAGUGUUUAGGAAAGAAAUAUACAAGUGACUAGAGAAAAAGAUGUUAGUUCUCCACCCUCUCACUGGAGCUGCCUUCUUUUUGCCUUAUUUGUCCAGACUGUCUUUAAAGAUGGGCAGUAUUCAGGAAUCUGUUUAAAACAGAGUCUCACAGUGCAUUUGGAUCUCUCAUUUUGAGAAUUCCUUGAGUUUUAUAAACUUGAGUAAAAGACACCUGAGAGUUAAAUUCUGAGCAAGUGAAAACAAAACCUUAAGGAAAACCUUUUGGAAAAAUGGAAGAAAGGAAAAAUAGCACUUUGCACAGUUAUGAUGAAAUGAAUAUGACAGUCUUCAUUUAAGGAAGAGGAGACAAAUGAAAGUCCAGCCUUAUGUCAAUUACAGAUAGUUUAAUAUCUAUAAGCCUGUUGACUUAGAGUAAUGCUAUAUUUUUCUUUAUCUGCCCUGUGAUUUUCUUCAUUUUUAAUUUUUUUAAUAAUAACUUUAAAAACAUACAGUUGUCUUUUUAUUUUAUAUCAAUUUAGGCAAAUGGGCAACAUUUGCUAUAUUUUUAUUUUAUAAAUGUUUAUUUUUCUAUCUCAUGCAGUGACUGUUUUCCUUUCAAAAUUCUGAGUUUUAUUUUUCAUGUACUUCAUUCAAUCAUAUUUAUUAUUGUAAAAUGUCAACUUGAUAUACUUCAGUCAAAAAAAGUCAGACCACUUAACACUUAACCAGAGUACUAGUGUCUCAGCUGUCUUAGUGAGUGACCAAAGGUAGUGUUGCUCUUGUGAUAGCCAAUUCAACAUCAGUAUUGAGAAUUUACUUUUUUUAGGUUUUUAAAAGAUGAGAAUUUUAAAAUAUUUUAUCUUUAUUUUAUUUUUUUUUUGAAAAGCACACUUUUUUUAAGAGCAUCAGUAAUUAUUUACGUGUGAGCAGGAGAUAGAAAUUAAUUCUCCCAGUUAUAUUUUCAUUCUUUUUCAUUCAGAUAAUGUAAAUAUUAUCUUUGAGAUGAUAGGAAUAUUAACAACUGUAUUUUAAUGAACUGCCACUCUUCACUGGGUUCUCUGCUUUUUACUUUGUCAUUUUUAUAUAAAUGUAGAAACAUUUAUGUUGUUUCUGUUCCUGCUUUCGGAACAUAUGCAGUUUAAAUCUUAGGCCCAUACUGUAUUAUACUUUAAUGUUGUCAUGUAAAUGAAUAGUUUUGGCCUUGGAAAACCUUUGUGUUGCUAAGUUUCUGUUCUCUGGGGUUCAGGCCUCAUUCACAGCAGAACUGCUGACUAAGCACAGUAUGGUACCGAACCUUAUCUUGAGGCGCCUUGACGUCCCCUCUCCCCCACCUACUGUAAAUCAUUGCCUGGGAAGAGAGUUUGGAUCAGGGUCACAUUGAAUGUUCUGACUUGAAAAAAAUUUGACUCUGUUCAAGCCACUGUUAAACAUUAUUAUUUGAUUGGCAGACUGGACAGUUGCUUCAUAUGUUUUAAAACAUUGAGAUUUUUUAGAACGUGACUUUGUAUGCCUUUGAAUUACUAUUCCUCAAGUGACUUUUCAGCAAGCAGCAGCAUACUAAUCAUCUGCGAAAACAAAACAAAUACUGUAUUGGGAUUUUGACCAUAGAAAAGCAUCUAAAUUAGAAAGGAAAAAUGUGCUCCUCAAGGAGGACAGCCUUUACAGAGUGGCAUUGACAACUUACAUCUAGGUCAGUAUGUUCCAAAAUGUGUGAGCUUGAGCUUUUUUUCUUCCCAUUGAACUCUAGAAAAUUCUGGACCUGACCCAUGCCCCUCUCUUCUCUUCUGUGGCUGAAAGCAGAACUAGAUGAUGAGUAAAUUCAUUGCUGACUGUUCUCCGUCUCUCUCUCACAGUCAGAGCACGACAGUAUAAAAAUAGCUUUUAACUGUUAUUAUUUUUCUCUAACAGUGUCAAAUCUUUCUAAAUCUGUCUUGUGCCAAAUUGGAAAUGCCUACUAUUUAUUAUAUGGUGCAUUCAGUUUACCACUUAGGUGGUAAUAUUUUAGGGCCUUGAUUUUGAAGUGUUGCCUUUGUAUAAAAAUCACUUAGGGAAAUAUCAAGAAGAUAACUGAUUGGCUAAGGUCCUCAGCAUGAUAAAGGAGUGAGACCACUCUAUAAACAACUGGAAAAACUGAGAAAAGAAGAGAACUUAUAGUCAAAGGCUUUUUCCCAUUUUGGAAGAUAGUGUCUGAGUAGGGAGCAUUAACAUCAAAAGGGAACACAGUUCAGGUAGAUUUCAGGAUGCAUAGUGUGCUAUAUUCUGAUAACGUAGGCUUUUUAGAAACAGUUAUAAAAAAAUCAAAAGCUGGAUUUUUAGUAACAGUGUUAAGACUUUUUAAAAUACAUGCUAUGUCCGUCACUUACUGCUUAUAGUCAGAGAAGUGACUCUGAAAUGGGCCCGUUUUCGCCUCAUCUCUGUUGGUGCCUGUGAGUCUUAAAAGCUAUACCUGCUUAUCCUGCUGUCAACAGAAAACUUUUUUCUUCUUAGCACAUCGUAAGUAAUAUAGGCAGAGAGGAGCAAAAGAUAGACGCUCCUGUUAACGCUGCAUGUGGCAUGUCAUCCAGUUCUUUACCGAACAAUCCGUUUUGUCCAGGGCGACAGGUAAACUGUGUAUGGGAAGAACCUGAGGCUAUUGUUGCUCCUGGACUUUAACAGCUGUUAACAGAAGUGCUAAAUUUUUUAAUUCUAGAGAAGUCAAGAAGGUAAGGAUAAAUUGAGGAAACACCAAUAUUAUAGUCACUUUUCUGGUGAGUCCUGCACUUUACACCAAUGAUGUCUUUGAGGAGCAGUGUUGCCUUAAAUGAGUGUGACUCUGAUUGAGGCCCUUGUAAUCCUCUGUGUGAACAGCAGCCAAGUCCCCAUUGAAAUACCAGAUCCACAGAUGAUUCCCAAGUGUCUUGGUCAUCCAGCGCUUUGGAGCUGGGGCUCCCCUGUGACUCUGACAGUCACAUCCCGUCAGGCUCCUGAGUAAGCAAAGGCCUGACUAAAAAAACUGGCAGAGGGAGAGGAGGUUUUCUGAGCAGGUCCUUCAUACCAGGUGAUCACCUUCUGAAUAACUGACAGUUCACUGGGCUCCUUUUUUAUGGCAACUCUGUGGGACAUAGUUCCAAAGGUUCUGUUCUACCCUAAAGGCAUUCAGACUAUUUGAAGGAAUUUCAGCAGUACCUGUGUGUACCAGACUGCUUGUCAUUAACAGAAACAUGAAAAAACCAAACAAAAUCCAGAUAGUUAUUUGCAAUGGGAGAUUUGCUCAUGUGAAGUGUUUUUCUGUUUAUUUUUUUAAAAGAGAAAAUUAGGAAAACUUUUGCUUUGGUAGGGAUGACACCAGAGUGGGUUUAAUAGGUUCUAUUUAAUCCUACAAAAUGACACAGUCAUGUAAGUAAUCAUGUUGAUUGUGGAAAUAACUGGCCUUAAAAAGCAUUCUCUUUCAUUCAUUCAUACAAAGACGAGAACGUACAAAGAUGUUCUCAAUAGAUUUCAUAUAGUUCACAAUAGAUUUCUCAGUAGAUGUUCUCAGUAGAUUUCAUAUAGUUGUAUGUGUUGUGUUUUUAGCAAACUAGAAAAUGUUUUUCUCUUUUUAAGUAACUUUUCCUAGUAUUGGGAACCAGCACUGCGCAGAUUUCAGCAUUUCAGAUCAGGGCAGAAUUAACUGUGUAACUCAAUGCCUACUAUCUAUUGUUGAGAUUCAAAUAUAAAGAAUAGAAUAGUUUUUACAUGGGAUUUGAGUAACAUUUCCUUCACAAAAGAGCAACAGUUGAGAACGGUGAAGAGAACAGUUGAGAGAACAGACAAUCCAUUAUAUACUGAAGGCAUAUCUUUUUUGCACUGAAUUUAAGACCAUACAAGCUAAAAUAGUUUCUAGCCAUUAAAUUUGGUGAAAGGAUUUUUGUUGUUAGAAUUUUUGUAUUUCUGAUUGAAUUAGUCACUAAAGUAACCAUGGGCCACUCUUUAGCUACUCUUUUACUCUUUACUCUUUAGCUAUUCUGUAGCUCUUCCUAAAAAUUGAAAGCCAAAUGCCCCUUCUCAGAAAUAGCUGUUUUUACUUGCCUCUUACAGGUAACUCAAUAUUCAUUUCUGGAAACACUGUAAAUUAGAUGUGACAGUGGGAAAAUGGCAUAUAAAAAAGAUGUUCCAAAAUAAGAAUUUUCUGUAAUAUGGAUUUUUUUCUUAAGAAUCCAUCCCAGCACAAUACUUACUUUGAAAAGGUGCUGAAUUUUAAAAAUAUGAGUUUGCUCCUAGAAAUCAAGUUGCUCAGGAAAUUUGACGUAAUAAAGUCAUUUGUCUUAUAAUUUGAAAAAGUAAUCUCUUAAGAGAGAUUACACACUGCUUGAGUACUUUCCAUUUUUUGGUAAGACCCCCUUUGAUAUACGAAAUACGGAUAUGUUUAUAAAGCAAAUGAGAUGUUAUCCCUCCUGCUGGUUGAUUUAUAGCCAAACCCCAGAGGCAAAAGCAGCUUGGAAAUAACUGUGUCAUGGAGCUUAGCAGAACCUUGAUGGAAUAUAGUUGUCUGUGUGAGGACAGAAAACAGAGGCCAUUUCAUACCACAUGCCUGUUUAGCGAUUGAGUGAAACUGUGAGGGACGCUUUGUGAAUGCCUUAAAGGUGAGCAGUGGUGGGUACUGCUUGGUAUGUGUACACUCAUCUGAAUUAGGCUGAUGGAAACAGUCUAUUUCAUUCACCUUCACACAGCACAAGUUGUUCUGCACAUAACCUCAUCAAGGAGGAUGAGAAACAUGGUGCUGGUAACUCAUGUGUCCUGUGAGGUGGAGGUGGUCGGCAACACUAAGGCACACUGCAGUGCUCAAGCCUUCCUUAAGUACCACCUAAACAUCUGCAUCAGUUCAUCUAUGCAAGCUUAAGUUGUCAUGGUUUGUAUUUUACACCUAUGUCUCAUUUGUUUCUUCAAAUACCAGAUUUAAUAUUGAUAUUAUGAAUAAUUUUUAAACCAAAGUAUUGUAUCAGUCUGUGUGCUUUGUUUUCCUGAAUGGUUAGCGGUAAACACCCAUUUUGUCCUCUCAAUAAAGUCAUCCAUUUGUUAAGCCAGUGAA